AUGAAAGCAGCUCUUGACCAUGUGAAGAAGCUGCCUCUCGAAUUCCUGAUCGCAGGGAUCGGCAACUAUACCAUGCCAUACACUCGUCACAGUGCCGGGUUGUUGGUCGUCAAUAAUCUGGCAAAGAACUUCAACCUCACUCUCAAAUCUACAGGGAAGACAAAGUGUCUGACCGCCGAGACGACUGUCCGUGUUCCAUCAGGGAGGGAUGGACAGGAGGUGCGACUUGUCCUCGCCAGCAGCCAAGUGCUGAUGAACCUUUCGGGAAACGCUGUCCUCGCUGCCUACCAGCACUUCUUCUCAAACCGAACCUCACGACUCCUGUCUGGUGCACAGGGCUCGAGCAACGUUAUCGUGCUGCAUGAUGACCUCGACCUAGCGCCCAUGCAAGUGCGUCGAAAAGCGUCUGGAUCGGCCAGGGGGCAUAAUGGCGUUACGGACGUGAUGCGUGCCCUCAAAACCGAUGUGUUCUGGCGCAUCCGGUUGGGGAUUGGAGAGUACAAUCGGCAGGAACGCAGGGACAUGGUGUCGUUCGUUCUUGGUGAUCUGACCGGUGCUGAACGCCGGUUCUGGGGUGAGCCAGGAGCGGGUCUAGAGGGGGUCUGGGCGGAGAUCGAAGCGAUUAUCAAGGAUGCUGCGGGGACAAAGUCGAAAGACUCGCGCAGGCGGCUAAAAGGGCCUCAAAGAACCGAGGAGAAAAUCCAGCAGAAGAUGGAGGAGCAGAACUCCACUCGGGAAGAAACCCCGUAA